UAUUUUUAAUAAAUUGCAUCAUUUGUAUCAGUACCACACUUUUCCAUACAUGAGGUCAAAAAUGACUCCAAGCAUUUUCUAUGGAAUUUCAAAGUUUAACUGUGGGAACCUUUGAUUUUUAUCAGCUGUGAGCGUCAGGUACAUUUACUGUUGAUCCACACAUCUAAUGCCAGCAGUCUGACCACCCUGAAGGUUAUUUGUACACAGCAACAUACACGUAAGCGUUAUCAACAUUUUUAUACCUCAUAAUAUAUCUGUGCGGUUAGAAAUAAGCUAUAACUAUAACAAUUAUAAAGUUAGGAACUUAUUUUCCUCGACUGUGAAUUGUGUGUGAUAAUUCAUCGUUGUCAGAUUACUACUUUGUAGUUAGCUAACAGUAGCUGUUUGACCCUGUGUGCAUUUGCAAACUGUAAUCUGGCUUGUUUUUGUGUUGCUUUUGGAGUAAUGGCUCCUUCCUCGCUCAGUGGCCUUUCAGCCCAUGUUGGUACAGGACUUGUUUCACUGUGGAUAAUGACACUUUCUUAGCCUCAUAAGCCUCCGCUUCAACCAUCGUCUUCACAAGGUUUUUUUCGGACUAAAAUACGUUCAUCUCUGGGAACCAUCUCCUUCCUGAGUGGUAUGAUGGUUGGACAUUCCCAUGGUGUCUAUACUUAUAUACUCCAACUUCUUCUGGAACCGCAGUGUCUUAACAUUUCCAAGACUAAAUCCAAAAAUGGACAUUUCCUUCAUUGGUGAUCCCAUUUUGAGAGAGACGAACAUUAGUUUUGUCUAAAGGAUGUACGCAAACGCCUAAAAGAACGCCCUCCACGCUGUUCCUAAUUCUUAGUAACACAAAAAGAGGAAAUGUCAACACUCUGGUAGUUGUGUCACAGAGACAAAAAGUGUUUAAAGACAUCAGAGACAGAAUGUCUUCACUGGGAAUAAUCCUCAUUUUUCUGCUUCAGUUUGAAGGUGUCAGAGGAGGACAAGUCUUUGUUUAUUACAGGCCAGGAAGUGAUGUCAUUCUACCCUGUGACCAUGUGUUCUCAACAUGCUCCAACAUUAACUGGCUUUACAACAGAGAUGCAUCUUCUAAAACUAUAGUUGAAGUUGAUAGUGGAAAAGUUAAGGUCUCAGCUCGAGCUUCCAGACUGAGUCUGUCCAGUAACUGCUCUCUGAUCAUCAACAACGUCACUGCUGAGGAUGCUGGUCUCUACACCUGUCGGCCUGGAAGAACCACUGACAUGGAUACAUUUGUGUUUCUAAAUAUUUUGACUAGUGCCAGAGGAGGACUUGUCUAUGUUUAUUACAGACCAGGAAGUGAUGUCAUUCUACCCUGUGACCAUGUGUUCUCAACAUGCUCCAACAUUAACUGGCUUUACAACAGAGAUACAUCAUCUGAAACUAUAAGUGAAGUCGAUAGUGGAAAAGUUAGGAAGGUCUCAGCUCGAGCUUCCAGACUGAGUCUGUCCAGUAACUGCUCUCUGAUCAUCAACAACGUCGCUGCUGAGGAUGCUGGUCGAUACACCUGUCGGCCUGGAAGAACCACUGACAUGGAUACAUUUGUGUCUCUAAAUAUUUUGACUAUCUCUCCAUCUCCACCAGACGCUGAUCCAAAGACGGAUGGAAAUGUCACAUUAAAGUGCUCUCUGUUAAGAUACGAAGUAUCCCCUCGUUGUGAACUAAACAGCAUCCGCUGGCUGAAUGAGUCAGGAGCUGAGCUGGAUGGAGCUCGGUUUGAGGUCGAUGGACAGAAGAACUGUGUUUCUUAUAUGACUGUGAAGCAUCAGAGUGGAGACAACAUCAGAUACACCUGCCAGUUUGUUGACAGAGACAGUGUGAAGAUAGAAGCUCACUACACUCCUGUCUUCUCAGACUCCACUCAGCGGUCUGCACUGGGCUACGUCAUGCUGCUCCUGAAGAUCAUAGGACUGAUCCUGUUCAUUGUGAUCACCGUUCUCAUCAUCAGAGACAAAGGAAGAAAGAAGUCACUGGAAGACAAGAAUGUUCAUGAUGACGAUGCCAUUGCUGAUGAUGCACCCGACUAUGAAAAUGCAGCUUCUGCACUGCACUGAACCAGCUUCAGCUCAUCAUUUACCUUCUCUUCUGUCAUGCACACUCAACCACACGCAAUGUGUAGCCAAUGCACCUUAUACACAUGCACCUAAUCACACACACACACACACACACACACACACACACACACACACACACACACACACACACACUCACACACACACACACCUUUUGUGUUUUUAUAGUUUAUAUAUUUUAAAUAUUUACUACUAUUGUAACAUUAUUUUCAAACCUGCAUGUCUCUGUGUUUCUCAUCCUCAUCAAGCUGAUGGAAAUGUGACUUUCUCAUAAAGACGACUAAAGUAUCUGUCUUUCUAUCAGUUUGUAAUCAUUGAUAGAAAUCCACCAUAAGACGUCCGUCUUCAGCAAAAUUUUAGAUCUAUAGAUUUCAGUCACACACAUCACAAGUUGGUACUAUAUGUGCCAUCACCACAAAUGAUGUGAAAUGAGCCAAAUUAAGGAAGUUAAGAGGCCAAUAAUGCUGUUUCAUUGUGUCUUUCGUAGGUGUCAGGAAGGAGAUUGUUUAAUGGUGGUGUAAGCAGUGAGACUUCUGUUUUCCUGUGAAUAAGUCAUCUAGAGGCAUAGCUAUUUAUAUCUGAACACAGGUUUCUGCUUCGUAAAUGUUUGAUGUGCAAAUAUGAAUAAAGCUGAUGAAUGGUGA